AUGUAACUUUUACUGAUGUGGCUCAAGAAAAAUGUAGUCCGUUUGUUAAAUGCAUAAUAUUCGGUUCGGGGUUCGUUUUGAAUUUAAAUCGGAGUGUUAUCUAUAGUGCGUUGGAGUUGCAGUUCAGUUUAGAAUAAAGUACAGUAUAGAGAAAUCGCAAAUCGGGAGAGAGCUGUGCAACAACUAUUCGCAUGAUGGAUGUCAAGUUAUUUUGAUACGUCGCUCAAAUGGAGAUCUAAGAUAACUAAUAGAAAAAUCCGCUAUUCAGUGUACCUAUUUGCUAGGCAGAAACAUCUACGAAAUAAUUCGACAACCUUGUUGACUCAGCUGGCUAAUCUUUGAGCAGUUUGCUUUUUAAAAAAAUCCCAUCGUUUUGAUAAUCAGUUCGAUUGUGUUUCCGUUUGGGUUAGGAACAGAAACGAAUAAUUCAAUAACAAAUUUUGUUAUCAUUUAACCAUCAUAUUGUAUAUGAUAAUAUUAGAUAUUAAUAGUUUACACUGAUGGAUUUAAGAAAGGAACACGUUUCGGUACUGCUACCAUUAAAUAGCAGUGAUACAGCAUCUAGCUCGGGCACAAGGAAGAGUUUGAGAAGGCAUUGGAAUCAGCUGUCCCGAUUCCAAAAGAAUCUGGUCUACAUCGUCCUAGCCGGGGUUUGCAUAUAUCUGUUUUUCCUGAUACCUUAUGACGAUGCCGCUAGCAGACAAUCAAAGUCAGAAGAGCGACUGGAGCAUAUUCAGAUAGCACCAUUCAAAGAUCGGCAUGAAAAUCUGGGUCAGCUUCAUCUAGCGGAAGUACAACAAGAACGCGUAGAGAAGCGCAUCUUACGCUCAACGGAGUCUGUUCCCGUGGAGGAAGUCAAACUUGUGGAUGACAGUUUGAACCAGGAUCGCGAUCAUUUCGUGGAAAGCAAAAACAUAAUAGAUGAACCGCCUGUGGCAAAGUCGCGCGAUCAGGAAUCGCCUGGGGCCGAAGUGGCUACCGUGCGAAGCGUUCCCAGUCAACCCAAAGAGGUCGUGGAUAAUGAGGAGAAUGUGCUCGAGGAGAAUCGCAAUAAUGACGGGGCUAAAGAUUUCAAGGGACCAACCAACGACAGGCAACGAGCAGUGGUUGAUGCGUUCCUACACUCUUGGAAGGGCUACAAAGAGUACGCCUGGGGACAUGACAAUCUGAAGCCCAUCUCGAUGAGCUACUCGGACUGGUUCGGGCUGGGCUUGACCAUUGUGGACGGUCUUGAUACAAUGUAUAUCAUGGACCUGCAGGAAGAGUUCGAUGAGUCACGUAACUGGGUUGAACAGUACCUGCGCUUCGACGUCAACCGUGACGUAAAUCUGUUCGAGGUCACUAUCCGGGUGCUGGGAGGGUUACUGAGUGCCUAUCAUCUAAGCGGCGACAAAAUGUUUCUGAACAAAGCGCUUGAUCUAGGCCAGCGGCUGCUGCCAUGUUUUGACUCACCGUCGGGUAUUCCUUAUUCGGAUGUCAACAUCGACACAAUGAAGGCACAUCCUCCCAAGUGGUCGCCGGAUAGCUCUACCAGUGAAGUAACAACGCUUCAACUGGAGUUCAGGGAUUUGUCAAGGAGUACUCUGAAUCCGGUGUUUGAAAAUGCUGCUGCGAAGGUUAAUGUUAAAGUACAUGAAUUAGAGAAGAACGAAGGAUUAGUGCCAAUUUUUAUCAAUGCCAACACAGGUCAAUUUAGAAAUUUUGCUACCAUCUCUCUCGGUGCGAGAGCAGAUUCCUAUUACGAGUAUUUGCUAAAGCAAUGGCUCCAGACUGGAAGGAAAAACGAUGAUUUUCUAAUCGAUGACUAUCAAACCGCUAUCCGGGGCGUGAUCAAUCAGCUUGUGCGAACCACACCAAAGGAGAAACAUCUCUACAUUGGCGAGCUAAUCGGCGGUAAAACUUUCAAGCCGAAAAUGGAUCAUCUCACCUGUUACCUACCGGGAACGUUGCUGCUCGGCUACAAAAACGGCAUGCCGAAGACUCACCUAAAGUUAGCGACCGACCUGCUGGAAACGUGCUACCAGACGUACAUGAAGCAACCGACCCAGCUGGCGCCGGAGAUUUCCUACUUCAAUCUGAACGGUGAAUCGGAAUAUGACAUCUACGUCAAAACCAACGAUGCCCACAAUUUGCUGCGACCGGAGUUCGUCGAGAGUUUAUACUACUUUUAUGCCAUUACCGGGAACAAAACCUACCAGGAUAUGGGCUGGACGAUCUUCGAAGCGUUCAACAAGUACACCAAGGUGAAGAACGGCUACACGUCCAUUGGUAAUGUUAAGAAUCAACUCAACACCCGGCCGCGUGACAUGAUGGAAAGUUUCUGGCUGGGCGAGACGCUCAAGUACUUCUACUUGCUGUUCAGUGAUGAUCGAUCGGAGAUCGACCUAGACAAAUAUGUAUUUAAUACGGAAGCACAUCCGCUGCCUAUUCGACAGGAAUAAACGACGGUAAAUGGCCAAGCUAAUCGUGAUUAGCAGGGCCCCAAUUGUAAAGUUUGUAGGAUACUGAUAACUUUUUGGGUAGUGUUAAAUUGUUUCUUUCCAUAAAUAGAAUUCUUUACCUAAAUAUCCAUCGCAUCAACUGGCGAUAGAUUCCAUUUCCCAUAGGCAACACAAGUUCAAAAACCUGCAUACAUAGCCAUUGUUUAGUGCUAGUAAAGUAUUGCGAUAGACAUACCAGUAAAAAGAAACAAUAUUCAGUGUAGAGAUCCGUUUUUGCAAUAGUACCUAUCGUUAGCCAAACAAAACAAUUUAUUAUCUCCGAUUAGUCUUAUCAGACAAAGAAAACAUUUUCUUUCUUGAAUUAUUUAUACUCUUUCCACUAUUCGCGUAAUAAUCGAGUAGAUAGUUACGGUAGACAGCAUUGAUAGAUUGAAAUAUUGAAUUUUUUUAAUUCCUGUUAGAGGUAGAUUGAUAGAGAACUAGAACCUAGCGGAGUAAAACUAAUUAACUUGUAAUUUUAGAUAAUUCGCACAUGGCAGGCUACAAUGUGAGAUAGUUUCUAAAACAGUCUAGUCACAAAAUUUACUACGGCUACGGUGUCGAGCGGAGCCGGUAAAGCGCUGCUCGUCGGUAACGACGCCCAAACCAGGCGAAGGAUUUGUUUAGUACUGUAAGGUAUUUGAUAUUACAAUCAAUAAAGGUUUAGUCGU